GCCUACCUGUAUCAGUGUUGAAAUGGCAAAGAAUUGUGAAAAGGUGAAGACUGUAAAUGCUUAUAUUGUUGAAGAUCAUCAUGAGGUUGUACCAGUCAUACAUAGAGCUAUAGGCAGUAAAGUUUUACCUUUUCAAGAUAUAUCAUUAGUUCAUUUUGAUUCGCAUCCAGAUUUACUAAUACCAAUAGAUAUGGCAGCAGAUCAAGUAUUUAUUAAAGAUGAUCUCUAUAGGACUUUGAGUAUUGAAAACUGGAUUAUACCAUUGGUUUAUGCAGGACAUAUCGGUGACAUAUUUUGGAUUAAACCACCAUGGGCUAAACAAAUACCGGAUAGCUAUAUAAAUUUUAAAGUUGGUAAAUGUAAAAAAACAGGUACAAUAAGAACAACAUGUAAAGAGAAUUACUUUAUAAGUGAAUUACUGUAUUCUAGAGAAGAAAAUCUAGAUGAUAUCAAAUCAGUGACACUAACUAUUUUAACUCUAAUACCGGAGAGUUGGAAAAACAGUGAUCAAAACAAUUCAUCGCAAAAUAAAACACAUUAUCAAGCCACUCCACAGUUUGACUAUUUAAUGAAAAAGUUAAAAGAGAAAAAGUUUAUAUUGGAUAUAGAUCUUGACUUUUAUUCAACUAAAAACCCUUUUAAAGAUGUGUAUAGUAAAACACAAUAUGAACUUUUAAAACAACUCUAUACAUGUUCACCAAUACAGAAUAUAUCUGAUCAGGGUGUUGAAUGCUUUGUUAAAGAAAGGAAACAACAGUUGGAUGAUAUAAAGAAAUUAUUAUUUUCUGAUGCUGAAAGUUUUGAUAGUAGCAUUAAACAACAAAAUAACAAACGUGCAAUAUUAGUGAAGGAAUUAUUAGAAGAUUUAGAAAGUACUAAUAAGGACUAUGAUAAAAAUUUAGUCCAUGAAGCUGGUUGUACUAUUGAUGAUAGUGAGUUACCACAUCAUAUUAGUACCACACAAGAAAUAAUACAACUAGUUCAAAUUACUAAAGAUUUAUUAGAGUCAUUAGCGAGUAGACCAUCUUUAAUAACCAUUGCAAGGUCUAGCGAAGAUGAUUAUUGUCCACCAGAUCAAGUAGACUAUAUUGAAGAAAGUAUAUGUAUGAUAAUGGAAGAAUGUUAUGUGUAUGUUAAUAUUAAUAGGUUAUAUGAAAAUGAAACCAGUGAUUAAAUCGGGGAGUGUGUGUCAACUGCCUAAAA